UCGAUUUGAAAUGCCGUCUCGCCACUAUUUCACCGAGAAAGCUCUGCCAGCCCUUUAUAAGAAGAUUUCUGACAAACUACUUGUCCUGUUAUCAGAUGUACCCUAUGUUUUGUUCACCACAGACAUCUGGAGUUCGUCCGUAGCUCCCAUGUCUCUACUAAGCCUUACCGCACAGUGGAUUGGCUCAAGUUUUGUUUUACGCCGUGCGAUCCUACAUGUCCAGGAAUUUCGCGGAUCGCACACCGCAGAGCGCAUCCAGCAAUCGGUGGAAAAGAUGAUAAACAACUGGGGAAUUGACAAGCAACGGGUCCACGUAAUUUUGCGUGACAACGCGGCAAAUAUGAAGAAAGCUAUGAGGGAUAUGGGAGUGCCGAGUGUGGGCUGUGUCGCCCAUUCCUGUCAACUCUGUGUGCAUGAGGGCCUGCUGUCUCAGCGCAGCGUGACGGAGACCCUGGCCAAUGCAAGGAAGAUUGUAGGCCAUUUUAAACACUCCCCGUUGGCCUACUCUCGACUAGAAGACAUACAGAUGGACCUAAAUAUGGAUAUCAAGCGCCUACAGCAAGAUGUACAGCUGAGUGCACUCUACCAGCAACACUGACAGUUCACCAGUGGGAGCUGAUGAAUAAGACUGCUGAUCUGCUAU